GGAGGGCGGGACCGUGGGGCGGCGCUCCGGGCCAGGGACGGCAGCUGGAGCGGCGCCCACCGCGGCUCAGCGCAUCCCCGCUCUCCGCUUCCCUCCCCGCCGCGUCCCCGCGCGAAGAUGGCAACCGAAGCGCUGCACGAGAACGAGACGCUGGCGUCGCUGAAGAGCGAGGCCGAAAGCCUCAAGGGCAAGCUGGAGGAGGAGCGGGCCAAGCUGCACGACGUGGAGCUGCACCAGGUGGCGGAGCGGGUAGAGGCCCUGGGGCAGUUUGUCAUGAAGACCAGAAGGACCCUCAAAGGCCAUGGGAACAAAGUCCUGUGCAUGGACUGGUGCAAAGAUAAGAGGAGGAUCGUGAGCUCGUCACAGGAUGGGAAGGUGAUCGUGUGGGAUUCCUUCACCACGAAUAAGGAGCACGCGGUCACUAUGCCCUGCACGUGGGUGAUGGCAUGUGCUUAUGCCCCAUCAGGAUGUGCCAUUGCUUGUGGUGGUUUGGAUAAUAAGUGUUCUGUGUAUCCCUUGACGUUUGACAAAAAUGAAAACAUGGCUGCCAAAAAGAAGUCUGUUGCUAUGCACACCAACUACCUGUCGGCCUGCAGCUUCACCAACUCUGACAUGCAGAUCCUGACAGCGAGCGGCGAUGGCACGUGUGCCCUGUGGGACGUGGAGAGCGGGCAGCUACUGCAGAGCUUCCACGGACAUGGGGCUGACGUCCUCUGCUUGGACCUGGCCCCCUCAGAAACUGGAAACACCUUCGUGUCUGGGGGAUGUGACAAGAAAGCCAUGGUGUGGGACAUGCGCUCCGGUCAGUGCGUGCAGGCCUUUGAAACACAUGAAUCUGACAUCAACAGCGUCCGGUACUACCCCAGUGGAGAUGCCUUUGCUUCAGGGUCAGAUGAUGCUACGUGUCGCCUCUAUGACCUGCGGGCAGACAGGGAGGUCGCCAUCUAUUCCAAAGAGAGUAUCAUAUUUGGAGCAUCCAGCGUGGACUUCUCCCUCAGUGGUCGCCUGCUGUUUGCUGGAUACAAUGAUUACACUAUCAACGUCUGGGAUGUUCUCAAAGGGUCCCGGGUCUCCAUCCUGUUUGGCCAUGAAAACCGCGUUAGCACUCUACGAGUUUCGCCCGAUGGGACUGCUUUCUGCUCAGGAUCAUGGGAUCAUACCCUCAGAGUCUGGGCCUAAUCAUCUCACAAUGCACUCAUGUAUACCUGAGAAUUUGAAAUCUUCACAUGUAAAUAGAUAUUACUUCUAGAGGAGCUUAGGGUUUACUGUGGUUUAGCUUAGGGGAGUAACCAUGGCUCACAGGUCACUAAACGUCCCCAAUAUGACUAUUAAAACUGUCACCUCUGGAAAUACACUAGUGUGAGCCUUCAGCACUGCGAGAAUACCUUCAAGUACAAUACCUUCAAGUUCUUUUGGAACACUUUAAAAUGUAUCUGUUUUUAAGGUUAUUCUAAAUUAUAGUAGCCUCAACUCAUUCUGUCACCAGUAGAAUUCAGCAGUUAAUAUAGUCCGUAUUAUUUCUUUGAGUCAAUUCAUUUUCAGAGCACUUUAAAGUCUGAUAUUUCUUGUGCACUGUGAUGCCUGGAACCUUCGUCUGGAAGUGCUGGUUUUAUGGACUGAGGACUGGUAACUGGUCUGGAUAGAAGCAAAUUCCAAUUCCAAAUGUAAUCAGACAAAAAUCACUUUUUUUAGAAUGUUUUUAUUGUAAAAGUAUCUUCUUCAGCUUCCUGUUCUAUUGUCUUUUUUCAGAUAAAACAUUUUUGUCUCUGGUGAACUGCUGUAAAUGACACAGAGAAAUGCCUCAAAAGGACAGGUGGUUUGACUGAUGAAUGAUGAUGAUGUCACUGUGUCACUUGGACAGGGCGUUUUCUCUGAAUUGAAAGGAAAGCCAGUGCUGUUUGUAAACAAACGCUUGUGAGAGCAAGCAAAACUCUGUGUGGGAACACAGAAUAGUAAACUUAUUUAAAAACCUAUUAGUAGAAUUAGUGGAAACACUUAGGUUAAAGUGGAUCUUGUCCAUAUAAAUUAUAUUCAUAUGUAUUGCAUUGCAAUUAUAAUUACAUAUGCAAAUUGAUUGAUAGUCAUGAAUAAUAAUGUCUGCUUCUCUUAUACAGAAAGAAAAACAAUAUUAAAAGAAGAUCUUCUCUUUAUUUGAGACUCAGAAUUCCUUCUGGAAGAAGGAAGUACUUUUUGUUAUAGGAUCCCUUCUUUUCCUUUUUUGGUUUUUUUGUAAGAUGUAGAUGCUUAGUCUUUGCUUUAGAAAACUUCUUAUUUAAAAACAUGGCACGCAUUAUUAUCUAGGGGAAUAAAAGGUCACCUCAGACAACAGAUGUCAUUCCUGGUGAGGCCUGCCCUGUGGCCUCGUGGGUGGCCUGGGGUCUGCCGGCAGGUUCUGGCUGCGCCUGAAAGCUGCGGGCACCCUGUCCCUUGGACUGUCGGGUCUCCUCUCCUGGUCUUGCUCCAGCCCAGCCCUUCUUCUGGUGGUAGCUCUGGCUUUGCAAGCCCAGCUCCAGGCCCUGCUCCUCAGAGAGACUGUUCCAUAGCUUGAGCUGGGCACAGCCAUAGGACAGGCCUGGAGCAGAUGCUCCAGGGGUGGGCCAGGCCCACCCUCACAACUGCUUGUUCAGGUAUCGUGAUGGGCCACUCGAUCCAAAAUCAGCCUGGCCAGCUUUUCCAUCAUCUCACUUCAAAUAAACAUAAUAAUUUGAUCAUUUGCA